GGAUACGGAAACGGCGAGACAAAGGUGAAAAUUUCAAGAGAGAAACGGAAGAAGAAGAAAAGGGAGUAGCCGGGUCGUGGUCAUCGUCGUCGACACUGUUGGUCGUGGUGGCCGUCGUCUCCGUCGUUGUCGUUGUCGCCGGUGGCAGCGUCGUUGAUUCCGCUGCCGCCGUCACCGCCACCGCCACGGCCGACGGAAGGCUCCGAAACCGAGCGAAACCGAGUAUAGUCGAGGGAGGUCGGAAACGCACGAAGCCGACGGCUCGAGCGACCGAGCCAGCGACAUGACGAACCAGUGCGGUGCCGACUCUUGCUGCCGCGGUUUCAGAUUUAGUGGUGUGUGUGCACGCGUGUUUACGCCACGGCAGAUUUCUCAUCGAAACGUAUACGGAGCAAGACGUACGCGAUAGGAUACGGUUAGAAGGAGGAAAAGAGUGGGAGCAGGGUGGAACGUCGAAGAGAGUUGGACGGUGGAUAAAGACGAGCGCAGAGCCGAGGAAAGAGACGGGGAAUAGAAGAAGGCGCGUUCGUGGUGAAGUUUUAUCGCCGAGCCGUACGGAGUUUUAGUAGGAGCGGUACGCCGUCGCGUUAUCGGAAUAACGCGACGAGUCGUCCGGCCGACUGGUCGAACGAACGAACGAACUAACGAACGAACGAACGAACGAAGGAAGGAAGGAGCAAACGCGGCCGACGCUAGUCCAGGCAAACAGAGAAAGAGAGAGGGAGAGAGAGAGAGAGAGGCGCGGGAUAGAGAAACAGUAAGAGAGUGGGAGAGAGAGAGAGAGAGAGAGAGGGAGAAAAGCUAGGGAAAAAAGAGAAAACGUCGUGGCGUGUUGGUCGUUCGGGGCGUGGGUGCACCGAACGAACGCGAAGGCGAACGUGAACGUGAACGCGAACGCGGAGACGAAACAGUUGCCGUGUGCGGGUUAGAGGGAAGGAGGAAAGGAGGAAAGGAGAUGAUCGAGGACGGUACGGAUCCGUCGCGAGAGCCGAGUCGAGCCGGCUUUUCUUUGGUCCGGACGUCUUGAGGAGGGCAACGCGUAAAGACCAAGGCCAGCUAAAGGGGGACGAGGCGAGAGCGGAAAGGAAGAAGGCAGAGCCGAGCGUCACGGAACAGGAGAAACUUGGAAAAGAAAGUUUGCAGCCGGGAGGAGGAUAUUUGGCUCGGCGAGCGAUCGCCGUCGCGGUGCUGGUCACGUGUAGCCGUGGUGUGCCGCUCUCGCUCGAACACAGAGAACGGUGUUUCUGCUCGCGUGGAGAAUCGCGUGUAGAAUCGGUUCGCGUUCUCUUCUCCGGCAACGCUGCUGCGUACGAAGGAACGUCCGACGGCCCGAGCGAACGAGCGAACGAGCGAGCCGGCUCUCAGCGAAAGAAGACAGAUACGGAGGAAGGAUGACGACGGUGACAAGGAGAAUCGCGAGCGGUAACCGGAGGACGAGUAGCACGAGAGGACUCGAUUGAAUUCCCGUUGGAUAAGUUGCCUCGAUCGCGACAGGUUACACGAAGAGGGAACGAGCGUCGCCGGCGACCGACCGGGCUUUCACCCGGGCUUUCGGUCCCGUCGUCGCCCCACGGUACCACCAAUUUCUCGCCAAUUACUCCGCAGUGACAGUGUGUGCCAGUGAGUGUCGGUGCGAGUAGUUACCUGAUAGCGGCGGGAUCGAGCGCGUUCCUCCGGUUCGCGUUAGCCUGCCGACGGCUCUCGCGCUCCCUCCGCGAAGCCGUCGGGGAGAGCUGCCGAUCUGUCACUUUCCCUCUGCCUCCAAUUUCGCCUAUCGACCGCUCGAAAAUCUUUCCGCAAAACUUGCGCCUCGCUCGCCGACGGGAACCGAACCGCCCGCGUCGCGUCGGAUAGAGUUCGAAACGUGAUAUCGUUCUCGUCUGGAUAUACGCGAGGGAAUAAUCGGCCGAGAUGCAGGUGGCAACGCUGUUUAGGGAGAGCGCCACCCUGCUGGGUGCCUCUAGCCUCGAUCCCCCGCAGACUCACCAUCACCAAACCAUGCACCAGCAACAACAGCAGCAACAUCAACAGCAUCAACAACAGCAGCAGCAGUUGCAACAACACCCUGCCGAUCUGCAUAUGGCCCACCACAUGCAGCAUCACUACAAACUAUCGUACCCGUCGCCCGUGCAGAAUGGAGGGCCAAAUGGAACGGCGAUGAAUUGCGGCGCCGGCUCUCAAGGAGUGAUGGUGAAACAGGAAGCGAGGGAUGACGGUUACGAGACAAGUCCGGACCUCGAGAUGAGGAGCACCGGUGGUGACAGCAGUCAGCAGUACCACACGCCGCUGACACCGCACACACCGCACACACCACACACGCCGCACACACCCCUCACGCCGAUAUCGGCGACAGCGCAUCAACCCCAGCAACCUGGCUCGGCCGCUUCCACCCUCGGACAGGUGGCGAUCAAGUGCGAGACCCCGGUGGACCCGUACUCGUUCGUGGACGAGGAAAUGUCGAUGGGAGGCAUGAGGACGGCCAGCAGCCCUGCCGGCAAUCCGGAGAACAUGACGUGUCCGGCUGGAGGGCAAACAGCCCUUGCUACACCUACGUCGACGCCGCCCGGUCCGCUAUCCGGACCGCAACAUCUUCAGAUGAACCUCGGCGUGAUGAACGGCAACGUGAAUCCCCAGUUGGCCGCGCAUCAGCCAAAGAAGCGGGGCCGCAAGAGAAAAUCCGAAAUGAUUCUCACCCCGGAAGAGGCGGAACUAGCCGAGGCGAAGAAACGAGCAAAGACGUACAAAGAGAGGAAGAAGCACGACAGAUUCGACGGCAUGCCGGAAGAGGAAGUGAGCAAACGGAUUCUUCCGGAUCAUCUUACCAACAACCUCGACAUUAUCAUAAUUGGAAUCAACCCAGGACUCUUCGCCGCAUACAAGGGCCACCACUACGCCGGACCAGGGAACCAUUUCUGGAAGUGUUUGCACCUCAGCGGGCUGACACCCGAACCAUUGACGGCGGAUGACGACUACAAGCUCUUGCGCUUCGGCAUCGGUUUCACGAAUAUGGUGGCUCGCGCCACUAAAGGCAGCGCUGAUCUUACGAGGAAAGAAAUCAAAGAAGGUAGUCUGAUUCUGUUGGAGAAGUUACGGAAGUACAAACCAAAAAUCGCGGUGUUUAACGGUAAGCUCAUAUACGAGGUAUUCUCCGGGAAGAAGGAGUUUGGAUUUGGCAGGCAGCCGAACCUGGUCGACGGCACCAAUACGUACAUGUGGGUUAUGCCGUCGAGCAGCGCGAGGUGCGCGCAACUUCCGCGGGCCGCCGACAAGGUGCCAUAUUACGCGGCGCUGAAGAAGUUUCGCGAUUACUUGAACGGGACGAUCCCUCAUCUGGACGAGUCCGACAUCGUGUUCGCGGAUUCGAAGCUGAAGAAGAAGGAUCAAGAUACGAUCGAGGAGAAGAAGUCGGCGUUCUGCGAGGAGUUGACGGACGAGGGAGAGAGAAGGAUGAUGGAGGUGAACGGCGGAACGGGCAGCGUGAAACACGAGUCGAACUCGCAGAUACCGGGGAAGAAGAAGAGGGGUAGACCGAAGAAGAUCAAGAAUCCGGAGGACCAACCGCCGCCGGAUCCGGAGAAAUUGGACGCGAACGGGGAGGUGAUCAAGAAGCGACGCGGACGACCGAAGAAGAUUCACCAGCAGCAGAAGCAGCAGGAACGCGAGAUCAGGGAACGGGAACAGCAACAGCAGCAACAGCAACACCAGAGCAUGGCUCAUCUGGGCGACGCUUACGGAUCCGUGGUACCCAAUUGCUUCUCUCCGCCGAAAACGUUCGCCCACAUGGCCCCGUAUCCGCAGCCCAUCAACGAUUCCGGAUACUACGGCCAGCCUAUCAACGACAGCCCCUAUAAUAUGAACGCGAAGCAGAGCCCGGUACAUCUGCACCACUACAGCCAAAGCCCAAAGUCGAUGUCGCUCUCGUUCACUCAUUCGGAUUUGUCGUCGGAAAUCAACACCGCGAUUUCCUCCGAGAACAACCUCGAGCCGUCGCCGUUGACUUCCCCGAGCGUCGAGCACCCGGACUUCGAGCCACCGACCAGUAUCUCUCAGCAAAAUAUGAACAACGAUCACCGCCAGUACAACCCAGCGGCCGGAAACGGCGAGAACAACCCCGGCCACCACGGUAGCCCGGGAACGCCGUCCCAUCCCAGUUACACCAGUUACAUGGGCUAUCACGAGCAAACCUCCGAAUCCCACAAUCCUCAUCCCCAUCAGAGUACGCCGACACCGUUGAGCCAGCCUACCGACGAACACUCCCACCACUCUCAUCCAACACCGCCUCACACGCAUCCCCACACGCCGACACACGGCUCGAUGUCGCCUCACCAUCAUCCGCACGAACAGUACGCCAUCAAGAGGAACACCGCCGGACAGGACGUCGCCUCCAAGAGUCUCAGCGACCUCGAAUCUCUAGUCGAUCAGAUACCGAGUAUAGCCGACGGCGGCAGUCAGCGUCUUCAGCACACCCAUCCGGGCAUCGCCGACGACGGAUCCCUCGCGGAAAAGAUGGAGCCGCAUCAUCAGUCUUAUCUGUCAGGAUUCUCCGGAAUGUCUAACGCGGCCAUGUCCAAUUACAGUCCCCCGCUGCCGCCUGGCGGCACCAUCUAUUCGACUUCGUUGCACCAUUCUCCCAACGACGGUUACGUCUCUCUUUAUGCCAUGAACGGACGUCAGCAUCAAGAUUCGCAACAGCAGCAGCAGCAGCAGCAGCAACAGCAGCAGCAGCAGCAGCAGCAGCAGCAACAACAACAGCAACAGCAGCAGCACAGCAAGUCUUACACGGUGGAAAAUCUAGCGUCUAGCAACUAUACGCCGAGCAUGAGCCACGGACAUCCCGGUAACUCCUAUCCAAACAUCAUUCCCGGACCUCAUUAUCCCGUGCCGAUGGGAUCGACGAACGGGUAUCUUUUCGGUGGCCUCGAGUCCAGCUUGAUGCAACGCACUUACGGGAUGGGCGGUAUGAGCGGAAUGGGAGGAAUGCAUCCAUCCCUCGGUCACAUGGCCAAUCCUUAUUCCUACAACGGUUCGUACUCUAGUUCCUUCGACGCGUAUCCAGCACCGCCGGCAGGAAUUCACGCGCCUAGCGCCAAUUAUCCGGGCGGUUACACGAGCGUUGGUAGCGCGACGCCAGGUACUUCUACGCCACCGUCUUACCUCCCGUCUCAUCACAGACCGUCGGUCGACCUCGCGUACGACGGUGUAUGAUAAUCGAUGUAAAGCUAUUCGACGUACAUACGCGCGUACACACGCUCGCACGCACGCCCACACACACCACGCAUACAACAAACGAACGCAAACAGACACACACACAUCUACCUACCUACCUGCCUACCUACCUACCUACCUUCCUACCUACCU